AUGAUUGAUGCAUACAGUUUUAGUAAUAGGAACUUUGAAUUUACUGACCGAAAUGGAAAUUAAUCUAUAACUUAAAAAUCUGCUUUGCGUGAAAUUUCAAUGCCUAAAAUUAACAUUUUAGUGUCAUCUUUUCAACCUAAUUUAGAAAAUUUAAUUCAAGCUGAAGGUGAUUGUAUUGAAAUCAAUCCUGAAACCGAAAGGAUAAGGAAGGAAACAGGCUUUACGAGGGAAAUUUUAUAAAAUUAUAGAUAAAAGGGAAAAAAAUAACAUAAAGUAACAUUUAGAGAUCAAAUUCCAGGAUAAUCUUUAAAAGAAAUAAGAUACUAUAUUAAAGAACCUCAAUAAGAUCUUGAUGAAUGUUGUCCUUGUAAUAUCUUCUGA